AUGGAUAACUUAACGAAUGUUUGUGAAGCAACCAGUCAGUCUCACGAUAUAGAUAACUACAGGCCAACUCAUAGAAAGGUAAGUCGAUAAAAUUUAAAAAUAACUAACUAAAAUAAAUUAUUUUAUUUUGGUCUAGAGGCAGAGGUCAAGUCUAGGUAGGCUUAGAUUUAGAUUAUAGAAGUUAGAGUAGAGUUCGACUUACUUUUAACUUUACUUAGUUACUAUUUCUAAGUAUUUUUUUUAGUAACUCUAGGUACUUAAGUAAGAAGUUAAAUCCAGUGUUAACUUAGUUAAAAUCUUAGCAUAUUAACAAGCCAAUUAUUAUAAUUAAAGAGGGGGAGUUAGUUAAGUUAGUAAUAGUAAUAGUAAUAAUAAUAGAUUCAAUUUAUUAAAGUUAACAUGAUUCAAGUUAUUAUCUUACUGAUUACUGACUGGGACUUAAGACUAAGGUUAAGACACUUAAAAGUGUGUAUAUUAUAUUAUAUGAUUUUAGUUAGGCAUAUAUAAGUUAACAUUUUAAAUUCACAAGUCUAAUAUUACUAAUAAAAAAUAGAGUAUGACCCUGUUUAUAACAUUAAACGGUGAUAAAUUGGUUAAUAAUUUAAUAUUAAUAAUGAAUUAAUGUUUUUCUUUUUUUUUUUACAGGGUAAAAAGUUGCUCGCAGAAAAGAAGAGACGAGCUCGCAUUAAUAAUUGUUUAAUGCAAAUUCGAGAUUUGGUUUGUGAAGGGGAAGAAGAUAAGGUAUGCUGCACAAAAUACUCUUCACUGUAUAUAUAUUUAUAUAUUAUAAUAAAAUUUAAGGCCUAUGUCAUAUGACAAUUAUUCAUAUCCUGUUAUAGUAGUUUAGCAGGCUAAGUAUUUGUUGCUGACUAUAAGAUUUUAAUAUUUUAAUUAACAUUCUGCUUGCAAUAUAUCUAUGGGAACGUUUUGGCCAUAUUAAUAUAAGUCUAAUGUUUUUGUUUUAUUUAGGUGAUUACAUUUUUAAUAAUCAAUGCUACUUUUAAUUAAACUUCUAUAGAAAUUUAAAUAUUUUCUGUUUUAUUCUCAGGACACAGACUUAGACAAAAUGGAAAAAGCUGAAAUUUUAGAGAAAACUCUUGAAGUUCUCACAAGAUUGCGUCAUGAUUAUAGCAGUUCCACUAGUGGGAAUACAUUUUCUGCACGUAAGGCCAUGGCAGUGCGUUAUGCUUCAGGGUUCAGUUCAUGUGCUGAAGAGUCCAUUCGUUACAUACAGAGUUCUCGCCUUGUUCCUACUGAAGUUAAAGUACAACUACAGAACCACCUUAGAGCUAUUGCGAGAAGAAUGGAGACAGUGGUUCAAGUUGAUGAUCAAAAUGUGAACUUUGGCUCAAAUUUUCCCACCUCAUCUGUGUCGUCCUCAUCCUAUUUGUCAACUGAGAAAUACACAGCAGAAGAAGCAGAACAAAUUUCUGGCAGUCACUGUGAAACCACAGAAGCCAGGGGAGUGUAUGUUCCAUCUCCCAUUAACUCUUCAACACCUGCCCUUCAGUAUAACAUAACACACAGUACAACAGCACCUAUUUCACAACAAUGUGACCGUGUUACAAGCACACCUGAUGCAUAUCCAAAAGUGGAACGCCUGAACCAUUACCAGAGAUCUGCAGACCAAGACUCAUUGAUUAUCACUGAAACCAGUGAGGGCUCCAGAGACCUCAAAUGCAGACAACGCAAUGAAGUACACAGCUCUGCAGUGCACAAGUAUGAAGCUGUUACCCCAGAAUUUCCCAGGGAGCACUUCGUCAGCCCGUACGCACCUCUGGCGACAGAUCAAUCAUAUCCUUCAUCAGUCCUGUCUAUGUCAGCCUACACACCUUCAGUCAGCUCUCCCAUUAUAAUGCACCCAGCUGCACUUUUAAACACGAACACUGUGACACCCGACACACCUAUUUACUGCUACAGAGGGUAUGAGCCAUACCCUGCUAUCUCCAGUGCCUUGGUACGGCCAGUUCAUUACAUUUCAACACCAAUUAGCAGUGCUCCUAUUUUAUCGACACCUGUCACUAAGCGGACGUCAACAGAAAACAGUGCACUUAAUCUGUGUGUUAAAGGAAAUGAGGCGCAUCAAAUUUCACCAGAAACAAUGUGGAGGCCCUGGUAA